AGAAAAAUUGGAAAAGUGAAGCUUCUAAAACGCAGCGGUAAUGCGCGAACGUAAAGCAAUAAAACGCACUAUUUCGCUUCGUUCUUUUUAAGACGCCAGCUAACUGUUGUCAACUUGUUAGUUGUUACCGUCUCUGUCUCAGCUCACCUUAUCUUAUCCAAAUCACCGCAGACUGAGACUAGAAGCUAAUUUCCAUGUUGUCCAACAUCUCUUUGAUAUCAAAGUCAAAUGAAUCUUUAUUUUUCUACGAUACCCCUCCAAAUGUUCAAAAACUUUCAUUUUCGUCUUUGAAAGCUCUUAAUAACUACUCAAAUCAAGGAGGGUUAGAGCCAGAGUUCCAAUGGCAGAGAAGGACCUUGACACCAUGAGGAGGAGACUGGCCUCGAUAACCAACCAUCUCGUUCCCUUUCACCUUUCGCAGAAUGGGGCAGUCGGAUUGUGUAAUACUUCCAUGAAAGAUAGCUACCACAGGGUUCACGGUGACGUUCCCUCUCAUGAUGUGGUUUGGAGGAGGAUCGCUUCUGAUGAAUCUGGCAAGGAAUUCACUGACAUUGUAUACGAGAAGGCUGAAGAAGAAGCUAUAGCAAAGAUCACCAUUAAUAGGCCAGAGAGAAGGAAUGCUUUCCGACCCCAUACCAUUAAGGAGCUUAUUCGUGCUUUCAAUGACGCCAGAGAUGAUAGCUCUGUUGGGGUCAUCAUUCUCACUGGGAAGGGAACCAAGGCAUUUUGUAGUGGUGGUGACCAGGAUUUGAGAACUAAAGAUGGUUAUGCUGAUUUCGAAAGUAUUAGCCGACUUAAUGUGUUAGACUUACAGGUGCAGAUCCGUCGUCUUCCAAAACCAGUGAUUGCUAUGGUAGCAGGUUAUGCUAUUGGAGGAGGACAUAUAUUACAUAUGGUCUGUGAUCUAACCAUAGCAGCGGAUAAUGCUAUAUUUGGCCAAACCGGUCCUAAGGUAGGAAGUUUUGAUGCUGGUUAUGGAAGUUCCAUCAUGUCACGUCUGGUGGGGCCCAAAAAAGCACGUGAAAUGUGGUUUCUCACGAGGUUUUAUACUGCUGUUGAAGCAGAGAAAAUGGGACUUGUGAACACUGUUGUUCCUCUACAAAACUUGGAGAAAGAGACAGUAAAAUGGUGUCGAGAGAUUCUGAGGAAUAGCCCAACUGCGAUACGAGUUCUCAAGUCAGCUCUUAAUGCAGUGGAUGAUGGCCAUGCUGGACUUCAGGAACUUGGUGGAAACGCAACACUUAUAUUUUAUGGCACUGAGGAAGCUAGCGAGGGAAAGACAGCAUUCAUGCAACGUAGAGCCCCAGACUUUUGCAAGUUUCAUAGGAGACCUUGAUAUUGAUUUCAAUUCAUUUAUAUUUCUAAUUAAUCUCAUUUUUGAAUAAUCCUCAUAACUAGCCAAUUCUCCCCAAAUUUUUACAUUUGUUCUUGUCCUCAAGCUAUUGUUUGGAGAAUUUUUUUUUUUUUGGAGUUGUGGUUGGGAGGGAUGAUGACAUGCUCCCAUCAGAAUAUACAUUUGGUAUGAUAUGUAUACUAUAUUCAAAUAUUUUUCUU